AUGGCCGAGGAGCUGCAGGAGGCGCUGGACGGCUUCUUCCUGGCGGCCGAGUACGGCCGCUCGGACGUCAUCAAGGCACUGGCGGACCACGGGCGCGGCCGCCUGGCGCUCAGCGACGUCGUGGACCCCGUGACCGGCCGCUCACCGCUGCACGUGGCGGUGGCGAGCGGCAAGAAGGACGCGCUGCGCGUUCUGCUGGCCGCGGGCUUCCCCCCAGCGCACCAGAGCAAGCCGCAGGACGGCGCACAAGGCGGAGAUGGCGAUGGCAACCGGUCGGCGUACGCGCUGGCGCAGCAGUUGAAGGCGCACGACCUGGUGCUGGUGUUCCACCAGUUCCUGAUCCAGCAGGUCGCGGCCGACGACGUGCAGAGCGUCGAGCAGGUGCUGGCGGCCGGCGUGGACGUGGGCGUCACGGACGCAGCUACUGGGGGCUCACUGCUACACUGGGCGGCGUCCUGUCAAGCGACUGCAGUGAUGAAGACGCUGCUGGAGAGGGAGGACGUGCAAGCGCUGAAGCUGGUGGACUCCCGCAACGAAGAAGGCGCUACGCCGCUGCACUUGGCGUGCGAUGUGAACAGCGUGGAGUGCACGAAGAUGCUGCUAGUGCAUCAUGCGGACGCGUCGCUGCGAGGUGACAAGGGGAUCAGUAAGGACAAGACGGCGGCGGAGCUGGCUACAAAGGCCGAGGUGAAGGAACUGUUCUCGCAGAGACUGGAACAGAUCGAUGCAGCGGAGAAGACCAAGGAGAUGGAGAUUGAGAGGUCGGGGGCAUGUCCGCAUGAAGCGCAGAACGGCAAACUGCUGUUGCAACUUGAAGAGAAGGAUCUGCUUGUGAACCAGCUGAAGAAGACGAUCGAAGCGCUCGUGCUGGAAACGCAGGAAAUGCAGAUGCUUGGAGAGGAACGCGUAAUGCUAGACUACGUACGCAAGCUGCGUGACGAGAACGCUAUUGUCCAGAGGCAGCUUGAAGACGCCAACGACUACAUUAAGGAUCAACAGCAGCAGCUUGAUAGCUUGAAGGAGCAGAUUCGACAGAUGGCAACUACUUCUGUUGUGAAACAGAUUGAGACUGACCACGACAUUCUCUCUCAUACCAGUGAUGGCACUGCCAGCAGCGUCGCAGGUGGGCCCCCAGACAGCACCAACAGUAACAUGAGCGCACUGGACUUACAUCAGCUCGAGACCCAGCUUGAGGAAGAAGAGGAGGAAGAACCGCAGCAGCAACCUCGAGCACAGCCGCUGAAGCUGGAUGCGUGGACGUCAAAGGCACAACGUGAGCAAGAAACAUUCAAUCGUUACGUCGAAAAGCAUGGGCCUGACAUUUGGAGCACUGUGUGGAAUGGCAUCUGGGCAGGCAAUGAAGAGAAAGAGACGCAGGAUGAAGACGGUGAAGUCAUCAUGACAGUGUAG